GCAAAAUGUGGUCAUAAUGGGUAGGAAGACUUGGUUCUCCAUCCCUGAGAAAUACCGUCCGUUAAAAAACAGAAUUAAUAUAGUACUUAGUAAAGAACUGAAGGAUGUUCCUGAAGGAGCCCAUUACUUGGCUAAAAGUCUGGAAGAAGCCCUAGAUCAUGUUGAAACACCAGAGAUGAAAAGAAAGGUAGACAAGGUUUGGAUAGUUGGAGGAAGUUCAAUAUAUAAGGAAGCAAUGGAGAGGCCAAUCCAUCACCAACUGUUUGUGACAAGAAUUAUGCAUGACUUUGAAAGUGAUACAUUUUUCCCAGAAAUUGAUCUUAAAAAAUACAGACUUCUACCUAAUUAUACAGGUAUCCCUGUAGAUAUCCAGGAAGAGAAUGGAAUUCAGUACAAAUUUGAAGUUUAUGAAAAUAUCAUCUAGACCUUAUUUGAUAUGGGCAAAAUUACUCUGUAGAUCUAAAUCUAUUUGCAGAAUUAAUCAAGACUUGUGCCUGCAUUUUAUUCUCUAGAAGAAGAAGAAAAAAAAGUGCCUUUGUGCUUCAUCCUUCCCCCAUUCAUUGAAGCUAUUGUACC